AUGGUAGAGGAUAGACGUUGCGGGUCGUUUCCAGAAACUGAAAGUGGUAACAAGUAUUUCAUGGUUGUGAUGGAUUACUUCACUAAGUGGCCAGAAGUCUUCGCCAUUCCAAAUCAAGAAGCUUCAACCGUUGCAGAUAAACUAGUUCAUGAAGUCUUCUGUCGUUUUGGAGUACCUUUAGAGAUUUACAGCGAUCAAGGAAGGAAUUUUGAGUCUCAAAUAUUCCAGGAAACUUGCCGAGUUAUGGGUACUCAGAAAACACGAACAACUUCUUACCACCCACAAUCUGAUGGAAUGGUAGAAAGAUUUAAUCAGACAUUGGAGAGGUACCUAGCAAAAGUUGUGGAAAAACGGCAACGAGACUGGGACAGGCACAUACAACCGUUUUUGUUGUCAUAUCGAAGCGCUGUUCACGAAAGUACAUCAGUGACACCAGCUUUCGUAAACUUUGGGAGAGAAUUGCGGCUGCCUGCAGACCUGAUCACCGGAAUACCACCUGAUGCCCCACGCAGUAUAAACGAUUAUGCAAAUGACUUGCGGAACAAAAUGAAUGACAUUUAUGAGCACGUCAGAUAG